AUGGCGACGGUGGCAAAGGAUCAGGUUCAACGCGCCGUGCAGGCCCUGCUUACGCACUACGAGAACGACCAGGCCAUCAAGGCGAAGGAGGCCAAGGCCAAGGAUCUGAUCGAGGAGGAUGAGACCCUGUCCCUCAUCAUUACCUGGAAGAAGCUUCCCAAGCCAAAGGUCGUUGGCAAGCACAGAACCGGCCCUCUCCUCAAGCCGCUCGCCAUUCGCCUUCCUCACACUCUGAACGCCAACGCCGAGAUCUGCGUGUUCACCAAGGAUCCCCAGCGAGAAUUCAAGGAGAAGUUCCUCAAGGCCGCCGCACCCAACGUCGAGAAGAUCAUCGGGUUCAGGCACCUGCGUAAGAACUACAAGACCUUCGAGGCCAAGCGAAAACUGGCCCAGAGCUACAGCAUGUUCUUGGCCGACGACUCCAUCAUCCCCAUGUUGUCCAAGUACCUCGGCAAGGAGUUCUUCUCCCGAAAGAAGAUCCCGAUCGCCGUCAACCUCAAGAAGAACAUCGGCAGCGAGGUCGCGCGCGCUCGCGACUCCACUUACAUCUUCUUCACCGGCUCCACUUGCAACGUGAAGGUGGGCCUGACGAGCUUCACCCCCGAGCAGAUCGUGCUGGAGGCCGUGGCCACCAUGACCAAGAAGAAGUGGGCCAACGUCCAGGCGGUCAGCAUGAAGACCACCGAGAGCGUGGCGCUGCCCAUCUACAACUCGCUGCCGGAGCUGCGCGACGCCGAGGCCGUGGCGGCCAAGAAGGCCAAGAAGGUGUCUGACCGGCGCGAGGCCGAGAAGCAGAAGGAGAUGGAGCUCGAGCAGCUCAUCGCCGAGGCCGAUCUGGUCGACAGCGAGGCCGAGGAGGACGAGGGGGAGUUCAAGUUCGAGGAGGACCUCGAGGAGGAGCGCAAGCAGAAGGCCGACGCCAAGCGGCUGCGCAAGCUGCACCCCGACCAGCAGACGACGACCACCACGACCACCACCGCCACGCAGAAGCCCAAGGCCGCCAAGGCCAAGAAGAACACCAAGGCCGCGGCUGGGCAGAAGAAGAAGGCGGCGACGGCAACGGCAACGACGACGCCGACCAAGAAGCGAAAGCAGGUCGAGGCCGUGACGACGCCGGCCGCCAACGGUGAGGCCACGAAGGCAGAGAACGGCGCCGCGAAGCCGGCUCAGAGCCCCGCGGCGAAGAAGAGCCGCACCACGAAGGGCAAGCAGAGCGCUGCCCACGCCGCCGAAGAUGCCGCUGCCGCCGCCGCGGAGCUGCCCAAGGACAGCCUGGCGCUGAAGCACGCCGCCGAUACCGCUGCCAAGAGCCCCGCGCCCGCCGCUGGCAAGAAGAGCCCGCGGAAGAAGGGACCCGCCACCCCCAACAAGGCCGCUGAGGCUGCCCCCGCUGCGGCCGCUCCGGCCACGCCCACCACGCCCACCGGCAAGAAGGGCAAGAAGGGCGCCGCCAGCCCUGCUGCCGCGACCCCGGCCACGGCCACCACGCCCACCACGCCCACCGGCAAGAAGGGCAACAAGAAGGCCGCUGCCAGCCCGGCCACUACGCCCGCCAAGAGCCCAGCCCCGGCCGCUGCCACAACGACCACGCCGACCGGCAAGAAGGGUAAGAAGGCCGCCGCCAGCCCUGCCGCGACCCCGGCCACGCCCACUGCUACUGCCACGGCCACCACGCCCACCGGCAAGAAGGGCAACAAGAAGGCCGCCGCCAGCCCGGCCGCCCCUGCCACGCCUGCUGCCGCGACCCCGGCCACGCCCACCACGCCCUCCGGCAAGAAGGGCAACAAGAAGGCCGCCGCCAGCCCUGCCGCGACCCCGGCUACGCCCACUGCUACUGCCACGGCCACCACGCCCACCGGCAAGAAGGGCAACACGAAGGCCGCCGCCAGCCCGGCCACUACGCCCGCCAAGAGCCCGGCCCCUGCCUCGGCCGCCCCGGCCACGCCCACCACUCCCUCUGGCAAGAAGGGCAACAAGAAGGCCGCCGCCAGCCCUGCUGCCGCUGCCGCUCCUGCCGCGACGCCCGAGGCGACCAAGGUGACGCCCAAGAAGCGAAAGGCGACCGAGGAGACCACCACGCCCGCCACGCCCGAGGCCACGACCAAGGUGACGCCCACCAAGAAGCAGAAGUCCACGCCCACCAAGGAGGCCGCCACGCCUGCCGCCCCGGCCACGCCCACCACGCCGACUGCCGGCAAGAAGGGCAACAAGAAGGCCGCCACGCCCGCCAAGAGCCCCGCCGCCGCCGCUGCCGCUGCCUCGACGCCCGCCACGCCUGCUUCCGCGGCCACGACCCCAUCGAAGAAGGGCAACAAGAAGGCCGCCACGCCCGCCAAGAGCCCCGCCGCCGCCGCCGCUGCCUCGACGCCCGCCAAGAGUCCAGCUGCCACCACGCCCUCCGCCGGCAAGAAGAGCCCCAAGAAGAAGGCCACCCCGACCAAGGCCCAGGCUUGA